UUUGACUUGACUCUUCACCGACAAAACUUUCCCUUUGAACCAUCAUCAUUUUUUUUUGCUCAUCAAGGGCGAUGGAAUUCUGGAGAAGGAAGAAGAAGGCGAGAAAAUGUUUCCUCAAAAAUGGAAGUAUGUUUCUUCAGCAACUCAUAGCCGACUGUAAUGGCAUGUCAAACCCUAUAAGAAUGUUCUCUUCCGAUCAAAUGUCCAAGGCCACGAAUCAUUUCGUUCCCAUGUCUUCUCUCCCUAAUUCAUAUUGGUUCGCCUUGUACAAGGGCGUCAUCGAAGGCAGAUCUUACGUGAUCAAGAGAUUUUCAGAGUAUGUGGUCCGUGCAGAAGAAGCGAACGUUUACAGCGACAUAGCCUUGUCUGCUCGGGUAAGUAAUCACAGUGGUUUCCUCAAACUCAUUGGUUGCUGUCUCGAACUUCCUCGUCCGAUAAUGGUAUUUGAAGACCUAGAAUAUAGAGCCGUGAAUGAGCGAGGAAGUCUUGGUUCGGAGGAGGGGCCGUUACUGCCUUGGAAUGUACGAUUGAAGAUAGCGAAGGAGAUUGCGACUGCUAUAACUUAUCUUCACUCUGCCUUCCCUAGAAUCAUUAUACACAGAGAUAUAUGUGCAAAAAAUGUUUUCUUGGAUAAGAAUGGGACUGCUAAGCUCACUGAUUUAACGGUUGCCGUAACACUUCCUGAGGGUAAAUCGUGGAUUGAAGAUAGGGUGACUGGAAUUAUCGGAUACAUAGAUCCUAUUUAUGCCAGGACGGGCAUAGUGACAGAAUAUUCAGAUGUGUAUAGUUUUGGAAUCUUUAUGUUGGUUCUUCUUAUGGGAAGACAACCACUUUUUGUUGCAUCAAGUGGUGUUCUUUGUAAUAUUCUUGAACAUGUUAAGGAUCUGCAGGAGAGAGGAGAACCUGUUGAGUUCGGGGGAGAUUCCAACGACAUGAGGCCUUGUCAGAUGAAAAUGUUUCUUGACCUGGCAUUGAGAUGCUGCGAGAAGAGGACUGAAAACAGGCCAAAAAUGAUCUCGGUGGCAAAAGAGAUUAAACUUAUAGAAAAAAGGAUCACUUAAUUGUUAUGAGGAUGCACAAAAUUAAUAUUUGAGAUUAUGCUCAUACCUAGUAGGGUUGUGUAUUGCAGGAUUUCUUACAGUAUAUGAUUUUCUAAUAAGACUUUCAUUUUGA